CAAUCGUCGUUAUCAUCGCCACGCAGCUAGUAAUAUGGCACCAUUCCCCCUCUAUAAACGCAGCUCAAAUCACUCCCUCUCUGUUACCCCUGCCUGACACUCACAGACAUCAUCACCACUUAAUUAGUUCUUCUAUACAUUUUUCAGCCAACUUUGAUUUGAUAAUUUCAAUUCCUCUUCAUAUUAUUUUCUAUUUUAAUUGUGUUCGAUUGAGAAAGCAAUAAACAUUUAUAGUUUAGAGUUUUGAUUGAAGUGAAGUAAAAGAAGAUGGAAGGAGGAGUGGUGGAAGCUGAUGUGUCUGCUUUCAGAGAAUGCUUGUCUCUUUCAUGGAAAAAUCCUUAUGUUCUUCGCCUUGCUUUCUCUGCUGGAAUUGGUGGCUUUCUCUUUGGCUAUGACACUGGAGUUAUAUCUGGAGCCCUCUUGCACAUCAGAGAUGAUUUCAAAGCUGUGGAUAGAAAGACUUGGUUGCAGGAAGCAAUAGUGAGCAUGGCCCUUGCUGGAGCAAUCAUAGGUGCUUCAGUUGGUGGAUGGGUCAACGACCGAUUCGGAAGGAAAAAAGCAAUCCUAUUUGCAGACGCCCUCUUCUUCGCUGGGUCUGUGAUCAUGGCUGCUGCUACAAACCCAUCCAUUCUCAUCGUCGGUCGAGUUUUUGUUGGCCUUGGUGUUGGAAUGGCCUCCAUGGCAGCCCCAUUGUACAUCUCUGAAGCUUCUCCGACGAGGGUUCGAGGAGCCCUCGUUAGUCUCAAUGGAUUUCUCAUCACUGGAGGACAAUUCCUCUCCUAUCUCAUCAACUUGGCCUUCACAAAAGCACCAGGAACAUGGAGGUGGAUGUUAGGAGUAGCAGCAGUACCAGCUGUGUUACAAAUCAUACUGAUGAUCAUGCUACCAGAAUCACCACGUUGGCUGUUCAGAAAGGGAAGAGAAGAAGAAGGUAAAGCAAUUAUAAGGAAGAUUUACCCGCCCCAGGAAGCCGAAGCCGAAGCCGAAAUUGUCACUUUGAAGGAAUCAGUAGAACUUGAAAUCAAGGAAGCAGAAGUUUCUGAUAAAAUCAGCAUAAUCAAAAUGCUGAAGACUACAACUGUGAGAAGAGGUUUAUACGCCGGAAUGGGGCUUCAAAUUUUCCAGCAGUUUGUGGGGAUCAACACUGUCAUGUACUACAGCCCUGCCAUUGUUCAGUUAGCCGGUUUUGCGUCCAAUCGAACUGCGCUUCUUCUGUCACUCUUCACGGCCGGGCUAAAUGCGUUUGGCUCUAUUUUGAGCAUAUACUUCAUAGACAAGACAGGGAGGAAGAAGCUUCUGCUGUUCAGUUUGUCUGGGGUUGUUUUGGCUUUGGUUGUUUUAACUGUUGUGUUCCAUCAGAGCACAAGUCACUCUCCAAUGGUUAGUGCAUUUGAAACCUCUCAGUUCAAUAAUACUUGUCCAGAUUACAGUUCAGCUGUGAACCCUGGUGGAUGGGAUUGCAUGAAAUGCUUGAAGGCUUCUCCAGAUUGUGGCUUUUGUGCUAAUGGAGCUAACAAGCUUCUACCUGGGGCUUGUUUGAUCUCCAAUGACAGCACAAAGGACCAAUGCCAUAAAGAACACAGGCUAUGGUACACAAGAGGAUGUCCUAGUAAAUCUGGAUGGCUUGCAAUAAUAGGCCUUGCACUCUACAUCAUAUUCUUCUCACCCGGGAUGGGAACCGUGCCCUGGGUUGUCAACUCUGAGAUUUACCCUCUAAGGUAUCGAGGAAUCUGCGGAGGAAUGGCGUCUACAUCAAAUUGGGUCUCGAAUCUCAUCGUUUCUCAGUCAUUUCUAUCCUUGACACAAGCGAUUGGGACGUCAAAUACAUUCAUGAUAUUCAUAUUCAUCACUGUUGCUGCCAUUGUCUUUGUGAUUAUUUUUGUGCCGGAGACGAAAGGGCUUCCCAUGGAAGAGGUGGAGAGGAUGCUAGAAGGGAGAACUCUUAACUUCAAGUUUUGGCAGAAAAAUUCUAAAUCUGGAAAAGAAGUGUUGAAACAAAAGACUCAGUCAACUUAAGUUAAUUGUGCUGUGUAUAAUCACCUAUAAUCAAUAAUGUGUGUGUAUGUAGGUUCAGAAAGAAAGCAGUAAUAAAAUAGUGUAAUGUAGACUAGCAAUGUAGAUUUGAUAAAAGUUCAUCUUCUGUCAAUGAAAAAAGGGUUUUAUGUGUA